UCAAGCUUUCAAGCUUCCAAGCUUCCAAGAAGCCCCCCCCCCUUGAGAGUGCUGUACACACCGCAGACAUACUGCCUAGAGUGCGUGACGACUCCCGAUUCCUUCUUCCUUUGUCCCAGAGAGACCGGUGGUGGAUCGCGGGUGAUCGACUCGGCAUUGACCGCGAGGGCGCCCGCCGCCCCCUUUCUUUCGCACGGAUCAUCAGAGCAUCCUCCCCGCAUCCUCCUCUGAGCUCCUCCUCGACGUGCUCUGGACCAAAUAUCGCAGUGACCCGCUGAAGGAGAAGCGAGCUCGGGCCGACGUCAUCAAUACAUCUGUCGUCCUUUCACCAUUCUUGUCCGACCUCCUCGAACAGACAACCCCUCUUCGACAUCCUCACCCACUUCGACUCAUAUCAAACCCGCAGCCAUGUCCCUACCUGAAUUCGACCCAGCCCGCCGGCCGUCACAGGCCGAGAACCAAACCAUCCUCAAGUCCGAGAUCCCGUUGAAGGAGCGGUUUUUCCGUUACUUCCAGCAUGAGAUCACUGGUAUGAGGAAUCUGACGCCUGACUUCCCUGUAGCUCUCCAGGAACAGAUGGACCGGUUGGCGGAUACCUCGCUGAUAGGAGGGGAGCGGACGGACGCUACGGAUCAUUGCCUGGCUGGGAUUGCGCGGCUGUCCAACGAAGUCAAAGACGCUGCCAGCUACAUCCCGACCUACGAUCAACGGAUAUAUGCAGAAGCCAUCAAAGCACUGCAAGACAAGCUCAGCGAAACCCGCGCGGCGGUUGAGCCACGCCCCAAGUUCAGCUUCAAGACCAAGAAGAACGCCUCCGCCAUCUCCCUAUCCGAUGCAGCGGAGCUCGCCGCACAAGGUCGGCGCAGUAUACCUGGGUUCCCUUCACCUGGGACCUCCUCCGUCAGCUCGUCCGCGACACAGACCCCCAUGUACCCGUCCACACCGUUGAACGAGCCCGAGAAUCGUCUCCAGCUACAAAGGCCAGAACUGACCCCGACGUCCAUCCCGGCCAUCGCCGUGCAAGAAGACGAAGACAAAUUGAAACCUGAACAUACCGGCGCAUUCGCCGCGACCUCUGUCUCUUCCGUGUCCGUGAACAACCACCAUAACCUGCACAUCAUGCUCCCCUCGUCGGGCUCGACCGCAACGGUGCCCGCAUCCAUCACGUCCCUGCGCCACUGCGUCAUCGACAUGUCCAUCCCCACCGCCAACGGGAAACCGUACGCCAGCCUCACGAUCAAGAAUGUCAAGGAGAGCCUGCUGGUCUGCGGCCAGAUCAAUGGCCCGGCCCACAUCACGGGGGUGGAAAACAGCAUCAUUGUGGUUGACUGUCGGCAGUUCCGGAUGCACAACUGCUCCAACGUGGACGUCUACCUCAGCGCCUCCAGCAAUCCGAUCAUCGAGGAUUGCACCGAGAUCCGCUUCGGUCGGAAACCCAGGGUCUACACGUUGGACCACGACCGUCGGGACGACGAAGACCGCUGGAACCAAGUGGAGGAUUUCAAAUGGAUCAAGCCGGAGCCCAGUCCGAACUGGAGUCUGCUGGACGCGGAGGACGCGGUUCCGGAGGAGGUGUGGGCGGAGAUAGUGCCCGGGGGUCCGGGCUGGUCUUUGGAUGAUAUUCUCCGUGCGAUCAAGAUCUCCAAGGCUUAGUGGGUCGGCACUGGUUGCCCGGGGAGUCGGCGUCGGUUGAGCAUGCGUGCAUGUUGUUUCGGGUUUUGAGACCAUCCAGAGCUCGGUAGUUGUUAAAUCUGGUCUCGUGUCAUUUCUGCUUGCGGGGGUAUUUUAUGAUCUUAUACUACGAUGCAGUACGGCGUACUUUGCAGGCAUAUAUGUAGGGGCUUGUUGUCCCGACACCCCUUCCCGAACGUGGAAAGGACUGGUCAUGUGAUAUGAUACAUAUGCUGUGGCUAUACUUAUUCCAGUUAGCCUGUUAUAGCCGGCAGUGUGUAAGCAAUCCAACCUGCCUGUCUUCAAUGCUUGGGGGUUUUAAGGCUAAGCUACUUUGGGCAAGGGGUGUCGGCCGAACAACGCUGGCAGGUCACAUGACAGGGGCCAGUUGACCAGGACCAAUGGAG